CUGGGAUGGGCUUGAUCCUUGUGACGUUGCCUCGACGUUUUUUUUUUUUUCUUUUUUUAUGAUGUAUGUGCGUGCGUGUUUAGCGGGGGGGCAAAAAGCUCUCAGCAGCAUCAUGACCGUCAAUAAGUAAGCUACGUAGCCUCCAGCACAACGUGAUAUAAGACCUGAUACCCCCACCUACGCUCCAGUUGCUGAUUGGCGUUACGCAGGUAUCCAGCUAUUAUUUAUUACCCCAAAGCCCGGACGCCUCAUUUAUCCUCACCGGAUCUCACUGCGGGAUCUAACAGUUCCCCACUCCACUCCGCACCAGGGCGCACGCAGCUGACUCUUUUGCCAAAUUACCUGUUCGACAAAUAUCAGGUGGUGCUGAGAAAAUGAGGAGAGGUUUGCUGCUGGUGACUCUGUUCCUUGUCAUGAAACUUCGGUACAGCCAGUCCAAAUGCGAGGAGCCCGGAUCUCGCAGAUCAACUUCAGAUCAGACUACAGGCUUGGACAACUUCAAGCGGAACAUUCUGAAGAGGUAUAGCGAUUUGGAUUAUGACAGCUUUGUGGGUUUGAUGGGCAGAAGAAAUGCCGAUGCAGACACUGUACAGUCACCCCAAAAAAGGGAAAUGCAUGACAUUUUUGUUGGUCUUAUGGGAAGGAGAAACUCAGAGCCUGAUAAUGGCCCCUGGAGGAGAGAGUAUCCAGAGAGGAGAGGCAUUUUUCUCAACAAGUGCAGGCUGAGGUUUCUUCAGGGGCUGUAGGCAUUCAGACUGCAACAACUCUCAUCUGGCUACAAUGACAGAAGAUCACAAAGAACACAAACAAUGAACUAAAUGUCUGAUAGAAACCGACAUGAUUCACAUUGUAAAACUACCGGCUGGCUCAUGAAAGCAACCAUAAACUACACAGAUUGUAUUUGUUUUACCUGAGGACAAAACAUAAUUAGAAGUGAAAGCUGAAUAUUUCUUUAUCACGUUAUUUUGUUUCUUCAAAGUUCCAAAUAAACAUAAAUUUUUAUACAUAAUUUAUUCAUUUAAAA